UAGAUAGGGAAAAUUCUCGUUAUGGUUGGUUAAAGUAACACACUGCCACUAAAUACAGGCCGAGUGAAACGUAAUGCUUUAGUAAUAAUACCUACUACUACUUAAUAAGUGCACUUAUAGCUUUUUACUGCUUUCAAAGUCCAUUAUGGGCAUCUACGUCGUCUGCAACUUGAAAGCGCAGGGCUGACGCCCAUGAAUUGGUUGUUCAGUUAUGUCCUAGCCGGCUGUUUGCUAAUAGCCUAGCAUGUGCCUUAUUUACUGUGGCUAAGCAACAGCAGCGACUUUUGCCUUGUGUGUUUAACGUUACUAUGUGGUGUUGCUUAGUGGGUCUUUUUUACACGAACAGCGCCAACAGUCAGGUGAAUUGCCCUCUCCGUGGCUAAAAAUACACACUUACCAAAUUUCACUGUGGUUGAGCUGCUGUUGCUAACGUUAGCUAGCUGGCAGCUGUCAGGCUCCGAAGCUUCGUGUUUGGGAACAGUUACAGCAGGAAAAAAUGGCCGAGGCAGUCGCCAAUGUGGCCCGCAGGAUUAACGCAACCGUAGAGGAGAGGAAAGAUAGUUUGGACUUGUCAAACUGCAAGCUCAUUUCUUUCCCAGAAGGUGUGUUCAAGGUCCUGAGGAGUGUCUCAGAGAACAUCCAGGUUAUCACAUUGGCUGACAAUGAAAUGAAGGCACUUCCUAGCAAGUUUUUUUCAACCUUCACUCAGCUGAGAGAAUUGGACCUGCGAGGUAAUGUUCUCACCAAACUGCCUGACGCUGUGGCAGAAAUGGAGCAUUUGACCUGCAUCAAUCUGGCUGAUAACAGCUUCUCCAUCUUCCCUGAUAAGCUUACUGAAAUAGCCACACUAGAGAGGAUUAACCUGGAGGGAAAUAGAAUCACUGAAAUACCUCUGGAGAAGUUGUCUGACAUGCCAGCACUGAAGUGGCUAAACGUGAAGUCAAACCCUUUGGACUCGAACACUCAGUCUGCACUGCAGGCUCCCCACAGUUUUGACAUUUUAUCAAGCUCAGAGGCCUAAAAUAUAUCAUGUAUUAUAUUUGCCCAUGUGCAGACUGCAUGCUGUGUGCCUUUUACUACUUCAAUUGGGUGCUACUGUGUGCCUGAGAGAUGAGGAAGCAUAACACCUGAAGAUACUGAAGUGAUGAUAUCACAGUGGGUUUGAAAGAAACAAGAAAAUAAAGCUGUGCAAUGAUAGCAUCCUCUUUGAUUGAGUUA